GGAUCGGCUGGUAGCCGGGAAGGGAAAGCCGAGCGGGCCCCAGUGGGGGGAAAGGGGACAGUCACUUCCCGGAAGAGGCGGGGCUACGCGGGCGGGCGCCGGAUUUGAAACGCUUCCUGGUGCUCCCCGGUCUGGCGGCUGAGUCCCAGGCACUAGUCUUUGCUUGGAUAAAGAAAGAGGACUUUUCGUUUCGAGAAAAUUCAGAAAUUUGGUAGGAUUCAGGCUAAACUGGUAAAUGACGAAGGGGCUUCUUCCAGAGCUGAGGAGGAAGGGUUGUCCGGAUAAUCACCAGAAUGGGAGUGAAUGACUUGUGGCAAAUUUUGGAGCCUGUUAAGCAACACAUCCCCUUGCGUAAUCUUGGUGGGCAAACUCUUGCAGUUGAUCUGAGUCUCUGGGUGUGUGAGGCACAGACAGUCAAAAAAAUGAUGGGCAGCGUCAUGAAGCCCCACCUCAGGAACUUAUUUUUUCGUAUCUCAUAUUUAACACAAAUGGAUGUAAAACUGGUGUUUGUUAUGGAAGGGGAACCACCGAAGCUGAAAGCUGAUGUCAUAAGCAAGAGGAAUCAGACUCGGUAUGGCCCUUCUGGAAAAUCGUGGUCUCAGAAAACAGGGAGAUCACAUUUUAAAUCAGUCUUAAGAGAGUGCCUCUAUAUGCUCGAAUGCUUAGGAAUCCCCUGGGUUCAGGCUGCUGGGGAAGCUGAAGCCAUGUGUGCUUACCUCAAUGCUGUUGGUUGUGUAGAUGGCUGCCUCACCAAUGACGGGGAUACUUUCCUCUAUGGGGCCCAGACUGUGUACAGGAAUUUCACUAUGAAUACAAAGGACCCACAUGUUGACUGUUACACAAUGUCAUCUAUCAAGAGUAAACUAGGUUUGGAUAGAGAUGCUCUGGUUGGAUUGGCAAUACUUCUUGGCUGUGAUUAUCUCCCAAAGGGAGUCCCGGGAGUUGGAAAAGAGCAAGCAUUAAAACUUAUACAGAUUUUGAAAGGGCAAAGUUUACUUCAGAGGUUUAAUCGGUGGAAUGAAACAUCUUGUAACUCUAGUCCACAACUGCUAGUCACUAAAAAACUGGCUCAUUGUUCUGUAUGUUCUCAUCCAGGUUCACCUAAGGAUCAUGAACGUAAUGGUUGCAGAUUAUGUAAAAGUGAUAAAUAUUGUGAGCCACACGAUUAUGAAUACUGCUGCCCUUGUGAGUGGCACCGUACGGAACAUGAUAGGCAACUCAGUGAAGUAGAGAACAAUAUUAAAAAGAAAGCUUGUGGUUGUGAGGGAUUUCCCUUCCAUGAGGUUAUUCAAGAAUUCCUUUUAAACAAGGAUAAAUUGGUGAAGGUUAUCAGGUACCAAAGACCUGAUUUGUUAUUGUUUCAGAGAUUUACUCUUGAAAAAAUGGAGUGGCCCAAUCACUAUGCAUGUGAGAAGUUGCUGGUACUUUUGACCCGUUAUGACAUGACAGAAAGAAAGCUUGGUAGAAGGCACUCUAAUCAACUACAGCCAAUUCGAAUUGUUAAGACCCGAAUCAGAAAUGGAGUUCAUUGUUUUGAAAUAGAAUGGGAAAAGCCUGAACAUUAUGCAAUGGAAGAUAAACAACAUGGAGAAUUUGCUCUACUAACAAUUGAAGAAGAAGCAUUGUUUGAAGCAGCCUAUCCUGAGAUCGUUGCUAUUUACCAAAAACAAAAAUUAGAAAUUAAAGGGAAGAAACAAAAAGGUAUUAAGCCUAAAGAAAACAAUUUGCCAGAACCAGAUGAUGUAAUGAGCUUUCAGUCACACAUGACUUUAAAACCCACAAGUGAAAUCUUUCACAAGCAGAAUUCCAAGUUAAAUUUGGGAAUUUCACCUGAACCUACAUUACCACAGGAAUCUAUUUCUGCCUCAUUGCAUAGCUUGCUUUUACCUAAAAAUGCUCCAUGUUUGAAUGCACAAGAACAAUUCAUGUCUUCUCCAAGACCUUUGGCUAUACAGCAAAUUAAGGCUGUCACUAAGUCUCUAAUUUCAGAAUCAAGUCAACCUGGGACCUCAUGUCAUAAUAUAUCCGUGAUUACCGAUCUCCACUUGAGCACCAUUGACUGGGAAGGUACUUCUUUUAGUAAUUCUCCAGUGAUUCAAAGGAAUACUUUCUCUCAAGGUUUAAAAUCAGAAGUUGAAUCAGAGCUAUCAGCUAUCCCUGGUGGCUUUGAAAAUAUCCCAGAACAACUGCCAUGUGAAUCAGAAAGGUAUACUGCAAAUAUAAAUAAAGUAUUGGAUGAGGAUUCUGAUAUAAUUAGUCCUGAAGAGCAUCUGCUUUCUGGUAUUACUGAUUUAUGUCUUCAGGAUUUGCCUUUAAAGGAACGAAUAUUUAUAAAAUCAUUAUAUACUCAGGAUAAUCUGCAACCAGAUGUCAACCUGAAAACUUUGUCCAAACUUAGUGUGAAAGAAUGUUGUAUUGCUAACAGUGGUUCUGAUUGUGCAUCACAUCUUUCAAAGGAUCUUCCGGGAAUUUCCUUGCAAAAUGAAUCCGGAGACUCUAAAGUUCUAAAAGAAGAUGAGCUGCUUCAGGAAGACUAUAAAGUCUAUACUUCUGUACCUUAUUCUAUCAGUAACACAACAGAAAAGACCUGCAGUGUUAGAUCACCAAAUGCUGCAUUAGAUUAUAGUAGAAAAAUUGAUAUGCAAACCACUCAGAAAAUUUUAAUGAAGAAGAGUGUUUGCCUUGACAGACAUUCCUCUGAUGAAGAAAGUGCUCCAGUGUUUGGAAAAGCUAAGUACACAACUCAAAGAAUGAAGCACAGUUCUCAAAAGCAUAAUUCAUCCCAAUUCAAAGAAAGUGGCCACAACAAGUUGAGUAGCCCUAAAAUACAUAUUAAAGAAACUGAACAGUGUGUCAGAGCUUAUAAAACAGCUGAGAAUGAAGAAAGCUGUUUCCCAGAUUCAGCAAAAAGUUCUCUGAGUUCUCUAGAGUGUCAUAAAGAAAACAACUCUGGUACUUGUUUGGAUAGUCCUCUUCCUUUACGCCAGAGAUUAAAACUAAGAUUCCAAAGCACUUGAAAGGAAUUUAAAACAUUUAAGUAUAAAUUAUUAUUUUAGUGCUAUCAGCAAUAGCAGAGACAGAGGGAAGGUAUCUAGUUAAUGCAUAGUAAAAAUUUAAUGUGGUUCUGUAUGUCAUGAAACAGUUGCCAUUUUAAUCAAAAUUGUAAUUUUUAAAAUGUUAACUAAAACCGGUUUUAAAAGAUCCUCUGUAUUGAAAACUUCAGAUAAUAUAUAUUUUU